AUUUGCUGACACUUUCGCUAUGGUUGUCGGUGCAUUUCCGCUCUUUAAAUUGGCAAGUUUAGCCGUGAAACAAAUUUCCAAACCGAUAGCAAACAGUCUGAAGACCACAGCGAAACAGAGCGAUUUCUUUAGGAAAUAUGUUUGUAUCUGGCCUGGGCAAGGCUAUCACUGGCUGGAGACAAAAGUCAAAAUGAAGUUAAUGGGACUUGCUGGUCCAGAAAAAGUACCACUGCUGAGUGAACAAAAAGCAGUAGAUGUUGGUGCUGAGCUCUUGGGUGAAUCACUGGUAUUUGGUGUGGCAGCAGCUUUGCUCUUUCUAGAAUAUAGACGAGGGCAGAAGAAAGAAGAAGCUAAAGAGCAGAAACAAAACGAAAAGUUAUUUGAACUUCAUAGUCAGGUCAAAGAGCUUGAGCUUUUGGUAGAGACUAAUGCAGCUCAAGUGCGUGAGUUAACAAGACUUGUCCAUAGCAAAGACAGUUUACUAAAAUAAAAAAUAUGACCUUGUAAUUGAUUGAAUUCUCCUCUGCAUUUUAGUUAAAAUUUCAUUUAUUAAUAAGUAUCUUGCCACUUCUGUGUAAAAUUUUGUUGUUGAGAUGCAAAUUUGUGCUUAUGUUGAUGUGUAUGAUUUUAUUUCUCACCAAAGGAUUUGAUUCUUUUUCAAUUGUUGGAAAAAGAAUACCCUAAACAGCCCAGAAAUUUUAGUUUACUUGUAUUUGUGAAUUGGCGAUAUUAAUUUUUACCCCAGAUUAGAUAAUAUCCAAAAUGGCUUCCCCAGAAAUCUUUUAGAAACAAUUUGAGGUAUACUCUGUGUAUCCUUGAUGUGAAAAGGGUUACAGGGUGAAAAUCUUUGUGUUCCUAACUUCCUUGCCUCCAAGUAAUAAACUAAUCAGUAUUUCUAACAUUUAUAGAUAACAUGAGAUUCAACAGCUAUCAUUUAUUUGCCUUCAAAGUUUGAAUGUUAUUUUAUGAACUGUUUUCUAUGGGAAGUCAGUAGUGGCAUUCAUACUGAACAAUUUUUAUAGGAAAUAUUGAAAAGACAAUCUAUUAUGGAGACUUUCUUUUUAGCUACAGGUUUGGUUCUACAUAUAAACUGUGUAGUUUACUUAUAAAUAUUUUGGGGAGUGUUUCAAUCAAAAUUGUUGUAGCUCAACUUUUUUGCAAGGUGUUGAGACAGAAGAUGUUUUUCCUCUCUUUUGUAAGAUUUUGAUGGACAUGGAGUUGAAUGCACCUUCUACCCUUCUCCACCACCCUCAUGGCCAGAUUUGCCUCUCAACUUUCCUCCACUCAUUCUCUGGAAAUCUGUGACUUUGAGGUAGUGAUUUUGAGUCAUAUUCAACCUUUUCCCCAAAAAUAAUUUUCUAUGUGAUUGCUUCAUCUAAGUUCCACCCUCCUACUCAGAGUCACUUAAAUGGGUGGAAAGAAAUCCAUUAAUAGAUAAUGAUAUUACAAUGAUUUAAUA